UAACUGCCCUGAGUACGUUCCCGGCUGCUCCUUUCCCUUUCCACUCCUAAACCUCUCUCUGGCUCCUUGGCCAGCCCAGCCUCUUUAGUAUUCUCGCCUUGUUGCCCACUAAGCAACUGCAGCUGCUAAGGUGCUGAACUUUAGGGCCUCUGACUGCUUUGCUGGUGUGUUUCCCCUGGCCUGGAUUGUUAUACAAACUUCCCAUAAGGGAUCUGCCAUUCCAGCUGGGUGUGGGAGCAGGAGUCCCUGACUGGAGCAGCAGGAUUCUCUGGAAAGCAGGAGCGGAGCAGAGCGUGUCUGGAAACUGGUUCUUUGCCAGUCCUACAGUGCUAAAACAGAAAGUGGGGACUUUUUUCUUUCUUUCUUUCCCUUUUGCGUUGAUUUUGAAUGAAAGCAAGAGUGAGAAAAACAAACCAGCUCCCACUCUCCAGUCCUGGUCAUUCUUUUCGGGGGCUCCUCUUCCCCCUUUGUUGCUGGGAAACAAUGGAGCUUUUCAAGUGGAGCCUGAGAUGGAUGUGCCUCCUUCCUUUGCUACAGGUAUCAGAGGGGCAAAGCUUCCUCAUAAAGAACAUCCGGCUGGAAAAGUGCCUGCAGGUCGCCCACCAGGACAGCGACCAGAUCAGCCUGGCUGAUUGCAAGCUGCGUGCCCAGCAGCAGCAAUGGAGGUGGGACCUCAGAACAAAAUCCAUCGUCAGCCUUAAAACCAAACGGUGCCUGACCAUCCAGAAGCCGCAGGAGUUCGCAUCAGCCUACCUGGAGCCAUGUGGGGACAGGGAGCGCCAGACGUGGGCUUGCAGCAAGAAGGGACACUUGACCUUGCACGGCCUGGGCUUGCAUCUCAACACGAAGCCAGGCCACAGGGUCUUUGUGUCCCGGGAGAAAGACAAGUUCAGCAAGUGGAAGACCCUGUCAGAUGAAACCGUCUGUGCUGUCAGCCCCACAGUGGCUACCAGGCUUGGUGACCCGAUGCAGGAAGCUGUAGCUGCGUUGGUGGGGGUUCACAAAACUAAAACCAUCAGUUCCUCUGCAAAGAUCCACACCAGCUCCAGGGGCUCUCUGCUGGAGUUGCCUGCCUCCACGUUGGCUGAGUUUAACAGCACAGUUCCUCCACCACGGAGCGACCAGAUGCUUCUAGCAAUGAAGGAGGAAGUGCCUGGCCAAUUUAAAAAUCAAUCUGGACACCGAGGGAAAGGUGCUGGGGCCAGGCCUACAGCCACCAAGUGGAAGACAGCCAUGCUAGUCCUCAGCCCCUUCGCAUUUAUACUGGGCCUGAUUAUACUGACACUCAAUGUUCGUUACAACAAGAAGAAGAAGCUCUCUGCUCUGAAGAGCUACCCAGAGAGCUGCAGCAGAGCUGCCUCACAGGAGCAGUCUCCAUUAACGGUGACGGCAGGCAGCUGGCAAAGCAGCACUCCAGCCUCUCAUUCCCCUUCCUUGCAGCACGGGGAAAUACUGAUUGAGUGGAAGGAUGGCACCGUCACUCCCCUUUUUGAUAACGCUAACUUUUAGAUGGGCUACCUCACAACUAACUGAGCCCGUUGCCUCUAUACAAUAGUGCCCUCUGAUAAAAUACUCCCACUGGGAACAAUCUGUCCUUAGUGAAUUUUCUUCAGUAGCCUAAUGGUUUUGAUAGAAACCAGCAAACACCGUUUACCACUUGAGAACAAUCGCAUGAUGCAGCACAAAGUUAUAGCAAACAGGGCAGAUUGUGUUCUGUUUGUUGAGGUGCACACAGGGCCGGCUCUAACUUUUUGCCACCCCAAGCAAAAAAAAAAGAGCACCGCCCCGCCGUAACACCCCCCGCUAGCACUGCUGAACCCCCCCCGAGCACCACGCCGCCCAAGCACCCCGUCCCCCCGAGCGCCGCGCCACCCAAGUCCCCGCCCCCCCGAAACAAAAACAAACAAAAAAAACCCUCCAGCGCCACCAGGCCAAACCAAAAAAACAACAACACCCGAGUGCCACCCCGCCCUGCCCCGCCCCAAGCACGUGCUUGGUCGGCUGGUGUCUGGAGCCAGCCCUGGGUGCACAGUGCUUAAACUUUCUCAAGGGUUCUGAUUUAUUCUGUAUGGAGACCCAUAUGUAACCACAGAGUGCCUGGCUGGUUCCUAAUGUUCUUUGCCUUUUGCUUUCCUUUGGAUUCUAGCACCACUGAUCACACAAGAAAUGUUUAUUCCUCCAAGUCAAAUGGAAAGGUGAAUACACAAAUCCUGGUAGGGUUUGAUUUGACUUCAAAGUGGAAAACGGGAUCCCCGAGCCAGUACACACUCAAAAAACCGCUCAGUGACUUUGUCCAUAAGAGAAUUUGUGACUUAUCAGCUCUGCCUUCAGCAGCCAAAAACAAAAUGACCAUCCCUGACAUUCUCCAGCCAUUUGCUGAAGUUUCCCCCCCUAAAAUAUUAAGGAAGAACAGUUUCUUUUCUCUAAAUAAACGACACUGCACGCCAACUUUCCCUCCUGACCCACUGCGAACCAGCUGAUGGCAGAGCAGCUGACUCAUCAAGAGUUUUAUAUUCCUGGUAUACAACACUAAUUUACAAUUCUACAGCACUUUUCAUCCCUACAAACCACAAAGCACUUAAUGAAUGCUACAUACGGAGUGCCAUUAAAAUGCAGCUACCAACCAUGGCUUCAACUAAUACAGCACUUUUUGUUUUGCCAAUGGCUGUUCACGACUGUUGACUGGGUAGAAUGGGUUACUUGAAAAUGGCUCUGUAUUCUUGUUUAAUUUAUAUUCCUGCA